UUAAGCUCUUCUCCUUUCUCUCUGAAAUUCCAAAUUUCAGCGAGUGAGGCGGCUAAGAGUACUAGAGCUUCCAUGGCAGACACAAAGAAAGACAUGGAAGAAACUUUGUUGCCAAAAGGAAGAGAAGAUAAAAAAGCAGAAACUCCAAUAUCUCUAACAUGGGGUGUUUUUACGGUGGAGCUGAAGAGGUUAGGCGUCUUGGCAGGUCCCAUGGUAGCAGUGAUUCUAUCACAGUACAUGUUGCAGGUCAUUUCAAUCAUGAUGGUGGGUCAUCUCGGUGAACUUGCUCUCUCUAGCACUGCUAUUGCCAUCUCUCUUUCUGGGGUCACCGGCUUCAGUCUUCUUUUGGGAAUGGCAAGUGCGCUGGAAACUCUAUGUGGGCAAGCUUAUGGAGCUCAACAAUAUCGAAAGCUUGGAGUUCAAGCUUACACUGCUAUAUUUUCUCUCAUCUUAGUCUGUAUUCCUGUGUCUUUGAUAUGGAUAUACAUGGGAAAGUUACUAGUUUUGAUAGGCCAAGACCCUAUAAUUUCACGUGAAGCUGGUAAAUUCAUCAUUUGGCUUGUUCCUGCACUCUUUGCAUAUGCCACUCUUCAACCACUUGUUAGAUACUUCCAGACACAAAGUCUGAUCCUGCCAAUGCUGAUAAGCUCUUGUGCCACUCUUUGUUUUCACAUACCUCUAUGUUGGGUUUUAGUAUUCAAAUCUGGACUGGGAAACCAUGGAGCAGCAUUAGCUAUUAGUAUUUCAUAUUGGUUAAAUGUGAUUUGCCUCGGAUUAUACAUGAAGUACUCUUCUACCUGCGCGAAAACCCGCGCACCAAUUUCUAUGGAGAUUUUCCAAGGAAUUAGGGAGUUCUUUCGGUUUGCUAUCCCUUCUGCUGUAAUGACUUGCCUUGAGUGGUGGUCUUUUGAGCUUCUUAUAUUGUUUUCUGGGCUAUUACCAAAUCCAGAGCUUGAAACUUCAGUUCUUUCUGUAUGUCUCUCAACCAUCUCAACACUCUAUGCAAUACCAUAUGGACUUGGUGCAGCAGCAAGUACUAGAGUUUCAAAUGAGUUAGGAGCAGGGAACCCUCAAGGUGCUCGUAUAGCUGUCUUUGCUGUGUUGUUUCUUGCUGUGGCAGAGACAAGUAUAGUAAGCUCAAGCAUUCUUGCCAGCCGCCGUGUAUUUGGUUACACUUUUAGCAAUGAGAAGGAAGUUGUGGACUAUGUCACAACCAUGGCUCCUCUGGUUUCUCUGUCAAUUAUACUGGACAGUAUACAAGGGGUGCUCUCAGGUAUUGCUAGAGGAUGUGGGUGGCAGCAUAUAGGGGCCUAUGUCAACCUUGGGGCUUUCUAUCUUUGUGGGAUUCCAAUUGCUGCAGCCUUGGGUUUCAGGACACAGUUAAGAGGAAGGGGGCUUUGGAUUGAAAUACAAAUUGGUGCUUCUGUUCAGACAAUACUGCUCUGUAUUAUAACAAGUUGCACAAACUGGGAAAAACAGGCUAGCAAGGCAAGGGAGAGGAUAUUUGAGGGGAAACUUCCAAAAGAUAAUAAUGAUAGUGAGCAGAGAACUUUGUUGAGCUAAAUUCUCUUUCUAUUAGAGUUGUAAGGAGAAACAUUGCUUGGUUGGAUGAGCUUCCCAAGCUUUUCCCCCAUCUUUGUCUCUUUUAUCCUUUGGGGACUUCAUGGUGAAGACAACCAGCCUUUCUUCAAAACAAGCAGACAGAGAAGCCCAGGAGUAAAAAACCUGCACUGGGCAAGGGAAAAGUUCUUAUGUCUAUGUUCUUCUUCCAAUGAGCUCAGCAACUAAUCUGUUUCUAUAUUUAUCUGUGUUCAUCUCUGUGUUUUAGUUAUGUGCCUCCAUGUUCCAAGAAAUUUUUGAACUCAAAUUCAUGCUUAAGAUGGUCAAAGAAAUCAACUUUGUUGCCAAUUUGUGAAGCAAAUGCUAAUAGAUUAGUCCUCAUGUAAUUGACUGCACAUUCGAAACCUUUUUCAAAAAGAUUUGAAGCUUGGCAUUGA